CUCUUCCGGGGGCCUCAGCCUCAUGCCCGCCCCAAACACCCGCAGGGCAGAGCUCGCUCCCUCUCCCAGGGAGACCGGAGGCGGAGAGGAGGCGAGAUUUGCCCUGCGAGCAGCCCAGCGCUGGGCGCCGGGUGCGGUUCCGUCAUCUUGCAGAGCGUCACCUGCAGGUCCGUAAAAGGAGCUGACGGUGACACCCGCUCCAAAGACCGGCCACGAGGCUGGGACUCAAUAGCGCAGAAGGAUCUGCGUGUCUCCGCUCACUCGCGUGCUGCCCUGUGGCUGCCGUCAGCGGCAGCCAGCCCUAGGCUGGGGCUUGGGUUUCCCGCCUGGUACUUUUUCAUCCGUGUUGCUGUCCUCACUCGUACGUCUGUGCGUUUGCUUGAUAACGACUCAGGGGCCGUUUCUCGGGGUUCCCGCGCCACCAGCCUCUCUCCUGGGCCCUCCCCCGAUCUUUCCGCCCGAGCGCUGGCUCUCCAAGCCCCCGUGGGUCUGGCCGACACUCUGAGCCUGGAAGCUCUUUCCCGCCUUCCCCUUCCUGCUCCCGACGGCAGAGACUCAAGGCCUUUGAUUUCCACCCGGGACUCUCGCCUCAUCCUCCCUCCCCGGGGCUGAGCUUGCGACGGAAGCCCCUGGGCAGGUCCCAAUACCGCGGUUUCUCCCUGACGUGCUUUCCCAUUCCUGGGACAGCCUGCACCCUCCAGGUCACCUUCAAAAAUUUCCAUGACCUCGAAUAGCUCCUGCCCACGCCUUUCUGACGGACUUGGGCUGGGCCGUUGCCUGGGCCGAGAGGACCAACGUGUAAACACAGAUCCUUCCUUAAUGAAAAGAAUCCCUUGUGCUUCCCCAGAGCCUCCGAGGACCUUGGAGCACUUGGUAGACCUGGUCCCUCGGUGGCCCCAGUGCCCCUCAGCGGUGAGGGGCAGCAGGAUGGGCUCUUGCCCCCGGGGCACCUCCUCCGGCAAUUCCCCGGAAGUAAAGGCAGAGGCGGCCUCAGGGCGACUGGGUGGGUGCCAGGUACGACCUGCCACCGACAGGGUUCAUCUCCCGGCAGGCGACACACAGGCGAGAGGGACGGGGGCAAAACUGAGAGUGGCCACAUCGUUUUUCCGGAAGUCCAGGAGGGCAGGGGGAGGGGAGGGCAGUGACCCGCCAGCCACUGCCGGGCUUCCUUCUUGAGGGGCCCAGUGAUCUGGUCGCCUUGGGGGUCCCUGGAGAUGACCACCACCCAGCUGAGGAUUGCUCUGGGGACACCCGGCACCAGGACCCCCCACCUUUUCUCAGGACAGAGACGCCACCGAGAGGGAGCGAACCGGGGUUUCCUCGAAGGCCUCCACUCGCCCCGGUGCCACCUGGCCUUGUUCGGAGGCCUCGCCUUCCCCUCUCUACCCAAUCGGAGGCCCCCGGCUCGCUGGCCGUCCUGUUUACCCGAGCUGAUCGAAGACCGUGGCCGGGGAUGAGCACACAGCUGGCCAGGACAGGCACCUGCCCUUUGGCCCCGGCCACCCUGGCAGCCUUUGAUGCCUUCCGUCCUGGACAGAGGCCGGGCUGGCGUCACUCUGGGCACUGAGGACCUGAGCGGACGGGCCGGCUGGGACGGAGGCUGGCCGCAAAGAUAGGAAGGGGCUCUUGGAUGGCCCUGGGCAAGUCGCUCUGUCUGGGAAGACGUGGUUUGCUCAUCCGCGAAGGCAGCAAGCCCAGAUGUGCUCUCGGAGUCACGAGAACAAACAGCCACUCUGGGUGCGGCGCCUCCCUCUCCUCCCUGCGCACCCCGCCGCUCCGCUAUGGAUGGACAAGCGGCGGCCCACGAGCUCCGGCCUUCCGUGGUCUCCUGGGUCCCGGAGGAGGCAGACAAGUCGGACCAGGACGGCAAGGCCCCGGUGAAGGAGCGGGGCCAAUGGACCAACAAGAUGGAGUUCGUGCUGUCCGUGGCCGGGGAGAUCAUCGGGCUGGGCAACGUCUGGAGGUUUCCCUACCUCUGCUACAAAAACGGAGGAGGAGCAUUCUUCAUCCCCUACUUAAUCUUCUUCUUCACCUGCGGCAUCCCGGUGUUCUUCCUGGAGGUGGCGCUGGGCCAAUACACCAGCCAAGGGAGCGUCACAGCCUGGAGGAAGAUCUGCCCCCUCUUCCAGGGCAUCGGCCUGGCCUCGGUGGUCAUCGAGUCCUAUUUGAACAUCUACUACAUCAUCAUCCUCGCCUGGGCCCUCUUCUACCUGUUCAGCUCCUUCACCUCUGAGCUGCCCUGGACGACCUGCACCAACUCCUGGAACACAGAGCGUUGCAUGGACUUUCUGAACCGCUCCGCGGCCAGCUUGGUGACCCCGUCCGAGAACUCCACCUCCCCUGUCGUGGAAUUCUGGGAGCGGCGGGUCCUAGGCAUCAGCUCCGGCAUCCAGCACCUGGGGGCCCUGCGCUGGGAGCUGGCCCUCUGCCUCCUGCUCGCCUGGGUCGUCUGCUACUUCUGCAUCUGGAAGGGGAUCAAGUCCACGGGCAAGGUGGUUUAUUUCACGGCCACCUUUCCCUACGUGAUGCUGGUCGUCCUGCUGGUCCGCGGCGUCACCCUUCCCGGAGCCUACGAGGGCAUCGUCUAUUACUUGAAGCCGGAUUUGUUUCGCCUCAAGGACCCCCAGGUGUGGAUGGACGCGGGCACCCAGAUCUUCUUCUCGUUCGCCAUCUGCCAGGGCUGCCUCACGGCCCUGGGCAGCUACAACAAGUACCACAACAACUGCUACAGGGACUGCAUCGCCCUCUGCUUCCUGAACUGCGCCACCAGCUUCGUGGCUGGCUUUGUCGUCUUCUCCAUCCUGGGCUUCAUGUCCCGAGAGCAGGGGUUGCCCAUUGCUGACGUGGCCGAGUCAGGUCCUGGUCUGGCCUUCAUCGCAUUCCCCAAGGCUGUGACCAUGAUGCCUCUGUCCCCCCUGUGGUCGUGCCUGUUCUUCGUCAUGCUCAUAUUCCUGGGGCUGGACAGCCAGUUCGUCUGUAUGGAGUGCCUGGUGACAGCCUCCAUGGACAUGUUCCCCCAGCAGCUGCGGAAGAGCGGGCGGCGCGAGCUCCUCAUCCUCGCCGUUGCGGCCGUGUGCUACCUGAUGGGGCUCUUCCUGGUCACCGAGGGCGGGAUGUACGUCUUCCAGCUGUUCGAUUAUUACGCCUGCAGCGGCACGUGCCUGCUGUUCCUCUCGCUGUUUGAGGUGGUCUGCGUCAGCUGGGUGUACGGUGCCCGCGGAGCCGUUCCCGCCCUCGGUUCUCACGCUGUCUCCCGCCGUGCCUGGCCAGGGGCAGACCGCUUCUACGACAACAUCGAGGACAUGAUCGGCUACCGGCCCUGGCCCCUGGUCAAGAUCUCCUGGCUCUUCCUGACCCCUGGCCUUUGCCUGGCCACGUUCCUCUUCUCCUUGAGCAAGUACGCCCCUCUCAAAUACAACAACGUCUACGUGUACCCUCCCUGGGGCUACUGCAUCGGCUGGUUCCUGGCUCUCUCCUCCAUGGUCUGUGUCCCGCUCUUCGUCGUCAUCACCCUCCUGAAGACCCAGGGUUCCUUCAAGAAGCGCCUGCGGCAGCUCACCACCCCCGACUCCAGCCUGCCGCAGCCCAGGCCGCAUCUCUGCCCGCCGGGUGGCGCUGCCCAGGACGGCAGACGGCCCCCCACCAAGGAGGGGCUGAUGGCUGGGCAGAAGGAGACCCAUCUGUAGAGCGCGGCCGGACGCCAGGUGACCCCUGACUCAGGGCCACUCCCCACCCCGGGACGGCCCUGCCUUGGUCCCCACCGCAGACCUGCCGAGAACCUCAGGGGGGCCACGGGCACCUCCCUGGAGGCCGGACUCCUCUCCACAGCCGGAGCAGCCCCUCCCGGUGUGCACGAGCCGUGCUGGGCGCCAGCGCCCCGUUGGAACACGCCGUUUUGUCCGUGAAGGAGGGUGGUCGGGUGAGUCCCCCGUCCGAUCACGACGCGGAGCCCCGCUGUGGGGAAGCUUCCAGCUGGCGCUUGCCGCGUCUGCACAUGGGGACAGCAGCCAUGAUGGGAGUGCGGCCGUGGUCUGACUCCGAGAGCCCGGUGGAAGUCGCCGUGACAGAGGUGAUGCCCGAACGCGCCACGGUGGAUUCUGAGUUCCGUCGGAGGGAGCCGUUCCUUGGGCUCAAUGUUCCGAGGGGCCCGAGAGGAGGGAGGAGAGAACCAGCGAGGGGGGAAGCCUUCACACGCCCUCUCUGUUUGGAGUUUUCCCGGAGGGGGUCUCAGGGUGUCCCCAGCUCCAGCCGCGGUUCCACAGUCUUCCCGCAGCGUCCUCAUCCACUCAUGGAGCACCGGGCUGCAAAGAUGAUUCUAGACUUCACAAACACGGCACGCGCGCCUUUCCUCUCCUUCCUCUGCCCGAGGCAGACAUUGCUAAACGACUGCAGAUUCUUGCCCACCGCACAGUCCUCCAAACAGCGCUCCGGUCAGCUCCGUUUGCCUUCCUGCUUCUAACCCAAACCCCCGACUUCACGGCCGGGAAACCCAGGGCCGGAGUGACGAAGCGACUUUUUCAAGGCCACACGGCUUCUUGGGGCGGAGAUGUGACUGAAGCCUGGUCUCCUUGUGCUCGGGCCGUGUUCUUCCCUGAGACCCCCCCCCAGUGAACAAGCAGGUGUGGACCCCC